GGAGGGGGUCGGCGACGAUUGAGCGUCGCGGAACGUAGAGGAGGAUGGAGUCAUUGACGACUGCAGAAUUGCGUUGGAAAGUUCCAGCGCGUGCACGCUGCGCUCCAAUAGCGAGUCCAGAAAAGCAUCUUGAGGACGCUGCGGAGGACUCGAGGCACGUCGGCGGUGCUUCCGGGCGGCUGCAGUCAGGCGCGGGGAUACAGGUGUCGGAGGUACAUAAGAAUUUCCUCCCGCGUCAACCACCUCCUCCUCUCCUUCCGUACCCUCCUCGUCUGCAUGGUCCGCGUCUGAAUCAUAUUCAGGUGGUGGGAUCAAAUCCCUCCAUGACGCGACAUUGCCAUCUGGGUACUCAGGGAGCGUGUGGGUCGUGUCGGCGGACAGUCGGAGUGAUAGUCGCUUGCGGUGUGUGCGACGCCCCGGACUGGUGGCCAUCGUGCGGGAGGGGAGGAGGGAAGAAACAAUCUAACGAGGGAGAAUCAGAUCCACUUUCUGAUUUCUUUCCAAACACGUAACAUCACCUACCAACUGAUGUCACCGAUCGAGAGACCCGGACGUACCUUAUAACCAGCCGUUCCACCGACGGGACCGCAUGCCGUGGCCCACACCGUCUUCAUCGUCGGUGAAGUGAAGCUUGUGACGCGACGGGCUUUCAUGUUUUAGUUGUAUAAAUACAGAUACGACUACUCAUCCUUGUAAUCCUCCUCGUCGUCCCCAACAUCAAAUAUGGGAGGACCUGUUGCCCGCUCCUUUCCCUUUCCCCUCGGUCCGCGUGUUUCGUCAUCGUCUUCCAAGUCCUGGCGCGAAUUGAGUGGGAUGCUCUCAUCCCGGUCCCGGUCUCGCUGGUCCACAGGCAGUCGAGGACUCCGGGCUCGCCGCAUUCGACACCACACGAAGAUGCCGAUCGCGGCGAAUAUGACGGUGAGCACCAGAGCGGCGGAGCCAGCGUUAUAGUAGGCUAUAUGCGGAGACCGGCUGCUCGGAAUUUUGGCAGUGCCACCAACGAGGGUAGUAAAGUUGACACCGAUGAACCGCAGAAUCAUAUCAUGGGUGACGUGCGGAAGAUCGUAGGGAGCCAUAUGAGAGGCAUU